GGAGCGUGAAUCAGGCAGCGCGGCGGGCGGGCCGCGGCAGGGAGUGGCUGCCGGACCGACCGGACCGCGAGGCCGCUGGGCGGCGGUCGGCUCCUGCUGCCCUUGUCCCGAGACCCCGCGCACCUGGCCAGGUCCCUGGCCCCGCCAUGGCCCGUCGCUCCCAGAGCUCCUCGCAGGGGGAUAACCCACUGGCACCCGGGUACCUGCCACCCCACUACAAAGAAUAUUACCGCCUGGCAGUGGAUGCACUGGCUGAGGGCGGGCCGGAGGCCUAUAGCAGCUUCCUAGCGUCCGAGGGGGCACCUGCCUUCCUGUGCCCUGAGGAGCUGGAGCACGUGAGCCGCCACCUGCGGGCCCCACAGCACGUUGCCCUCGAGCCCCCCGAAAGCAGCCCUCCCAACAUGGACUUCGAUGGCUCCUCGGGCACCUACUGGCCUGUGAACUCAGACCAGGCAGUGCCUGAACUCGACCUGGGCUGGCCCCUGACCUUCGGCUUCCAGGGCACUGAGGUUACCACACUGGUGCAGCCGCCGCCACCUGACAGCCCCUGCAUCAAGGAUGAGGCUCGAAGGAUGAUCCGCUCUGCCCAGCAGGUGGUGGCCGUGGUGAUGGACAUGUUCACCGACGUGGACCUUCUCAGUGAAGUGCUGGAGGCCGCUGCGCGCCGCGUGCCAGUCUACAUCCUCCUAGAUGAGGUGAACGCGCAGCACUUCCUGGACAUGGCUGACAAGUGCCACAUCAACCUGCACCACGUGGACUUCCUACGCGUGCGCACUGUGGCGGGCCCCACCUACUACUGCCGUACCGGGAAGUCCUUCAAGGGCCACGUGAAGGAGAAGUUCCUCCUAGUGGAUUGUGCCGUGGUGAUGAGCGGGAGCUACAGCUUUAUGUGGUCCUUCGAGAAGAUCCACCGGAGUCUGGCACACGUGUUCCAGGGCGAGCUGGUCUCCAGCUUCGAUGAGGAAUUCCGCAUCCUCUUCGCACAGUCCGAGCCGCUGGUACCCUCCGCCGGGGCGCUAGCUCGCAUGGACGCCUACGCCCUGGCUCCAUACGCGGGGGCUGGGCCCCUCAUGGGUGGCCAGGUGACCGGGGCGUUGACCCCUUUCUCCUUACCCAAACGAGCCCACCUCCUGUUCCCACCGCCUCGGGAAGAAGGCCUGGGCUUCCCCUCAUUCCUUGACCCCGACCGCCACUUCCUGUCGGCCCUCCGUCGAGAGGAGUCACCGCGGAUGCCGGGGGGCGCCCUGGAGCCGCACACGGGGCUGUGGCCACUGUCGCGGCAUCUGGACACCGAGGCCGGACCAGGCGGGGAGCUCUUGGGCCCGCGGGGCUUCUUUCAGGCACGGCACCAAGAGAUGGACGCCUUCAAAAGGCACAGCUACGCGGCCGCCGACGGCACGGGAGCCGUGGAGAAUUUCGCUGCCGCGCGACAGGUGUCACGGCAGACAUUCCUCGGCUACGGUGAUGACUUACGCUUCCAGACCAGCCACUUCCACCGCGACCAGCUCUACCAGCAGCACUACCAGUGGGAUCCGCAGCUUGCGCCAGCGCGCCCACAGGGCCCGUUCGAGAAGCUGCGCGCUGGCCGCCCUGGCUUCGCGGACCAUGACGACUUCACGCUGGGCGCCGGGCAGCGCUUUCCGGAGCUCGGCCCGGACGGACACCAGCGGCUGGACUACGUGCCAUCCAGUGCCUCACGGGAGGUGCGCCAUGGCUCUGACCCUGCCUUCGGGCCCAGGCUCCGCGGUCUGGAACCGGCCGGGGCCCCAUCUCCCAACCUGGGACAGCGCUUCCCUUGCCAAGCGGUGACGAGGCUAGGCCCAGAGACUGUGCCCAAGCCAGAGCCAGAGCGCAGAGGCCGGCCCGAGGGGCGGGCGGGACUGCGGCACUGGCGCCUCGCCUCCUACCUGAGCGGCUGUCACGGUGAGGAUGCUGGCGACGAGGGCCUGCCCGCACCCAUGGAGGCCGAGGCCUAUGAAGACGACGUGUUGGUUUCUGGGGGCCGGGUGGCCGCCGGGGACCUGCUGACCUCGAGCUUCUGUGUGCCCACGUCCUUCCCGGGCUCCGGCAGCGGUGGUGGCGACAGCUCCGAGCCCAAGGGCCUGGAGGCCGGCCUGGCCAAGCAGGACACUUUCCGCUUGCGCCCGAACCCACUGAUCCAGCGCAGCUCGCGGCUGCGCUCCUCGCUCAUCUUCAGCGCGUCACAGGCGGAGGGCACAGGCGGAGCUGCUGCGGCCACCGCGGAGAAGGAGCAGGUGGUGAGCGAGAUGCCGGCGUCCGGUGGCAAGACCAUGCGCUCUGCUGUCUCCACCAAGGUGGCCGAGCUCCUGGAGAAAUACAAGGGCCCGACUCGAGACGCCGGCGGCAUGGGGGCAGCAGUCACGGUCGCCAGCCACAGCAAGGCUAUCCUGUCCCAGGCGUGGCGGGAGGAGGUGUCGGCACCUGGGGGCGGUGGGAGCGAGCACCGCAGCCUCGAAAGCUGCCUGCUAGACCUGCGCGACUCCUUCACGCAGCAGCUGCACCAGGAGGCCAAGCGGCAGCCGGGAGCCGCCGCUCUCACCGCCACGCAGCUGCUGGACACACUGGGCGGGAGCAGCGGCGGCACUGACCGGCUGCCUUCCUGCUUCCUCUCCACCCAGGGCCGCUCCACCUCCCCGCAAGGGCGGGACAGCCCCCCACCAGAGGGGCCUGGGGCGCACCAGCCGCCCCACUCUGAGCCAAAAGGGAUCCCCACCUCAGCUUACCCCGAGCAGAAGGGAAGUCCCACUGCAGGGUUUCCCAGCUGCAGAGACAGGCCCACCACGGGAUUUACCGAGCAGAAGGGGAGUCCCGCUUCUGCCUACCCUGAGCACAAGGGAAGCCCGGUGCCCCCUGUGCCGGAGCACAGGGGCAGCCUCCCCCUCCCCUUCUCCGGGGAGUCUCCAAAGACCGGGCCCACAGAGGAGGCGCCUGGUGGCCCCAUGGAGAUCCUGCGCAGGGGAUCUGCGCGGCUGCGGCAGCUGCUGAACCCCAAGGGUGAGCGGCGCGUGGAGGAUGAGGGUAGCUUCCCGGUGCCACAGGAGAAUGGGCAACCUGAGAGCCCCCGGCGGCCAUCGCCAAGCCGGGCUGACAGCACCGAGGCUGCCACAGGAGAUGAGCGGGGCCCGCGGGGGUGCGUGGCCUCGGCCACGGCCAAUGCCUUGUACAGUAGCAACCUGCGGGAUGAUACGAAAGCCAUCCUGGAGCAGAUCAGCGCCCACGGCCAGAAGCACCGCGGAGGCCCCGCGCCAACCCCGGCCCAGAGCAGCCCUGAGCUGAGCCACCCUCCAGCUGCCGGCGGCCGGGCCCCUGACAUGUCCGACAAGGACAAAUGUUCUGCCAUCUUCCUCGCAGACAGCCUGGGGACCCAAGGCCGGCUGAACCGCACGCUGCCAGCCAGCGCAGCGGAGCGCGACCGACUGCUGCACCGCAUGGAGAGCAUGCGCAAAGAGAAGCGCGUCUACAGCCGCUUCGAGGUCUUCUGCAAAAAGGAGGAGCCCGGGGGCCCGGGGGCCGGGGAGGGCCCGGCGGAGGACACCAGGGACAGCAAGGUGGGCAAGUUCAUGCCCAAGCUCCUGGGUACGUUCAAAAGCAAGAAGUGAGUCUCCUGGCCCACCAGCCCAGGUCGGGGUGCCGGCAUCACGGUCAGGCAGAACACCUGGUCCUCAGCCAAAGCCUUCGGAACCGGGCUGAGCACAGCCAGAGCUUGCCUCCGCUUGAGGCGCACCCGGUGGUCCUCCCUGCCUCUUGCCCCUUGGCCUCUCCUUCCUGGGGGCUCCAGCCCCUAGCUGCCCCCCGCCCUACUUCCCCAGUUCCCGCUCUUCUCACACCUCAGUCUCUGGACCCUCAGCGCCACCUGACCUGCGUCUGACUGCACCAUUUCUUUGGGCUUCAGGUCCCCUUUGGAUCACCUCAGGGACCCAUCUCUCUGUGCCUCAGUCCCCCAUCUUUCAGGGGGCCCGCCUCUGUGCCUCAGUCCCCCAUUCUCUGGGGUCCUUGUGUCUCAGGGUGUCUGUGUCUCAGGGGUCCCCUCUGCUCGUGGCCUUCUGGCUGUGCUGCGGCCUCUCCUCUGUGCCUGGCAGCCCCGUCCUCUCUCAAGGCCUCCCCCCUUCUCAGGACCUGUCCUCCCCACCUGUAUCCGUGGUCGCCGGGUUCACUUCCUGCCCUGCCCCUUUCCACCCUCCUGGCAGCUCUCCUGGCGGCCCAUCCCUUCAGCGUGGGGAGGUGGCCCCCGAGGGGCUGCCCUGUGCAGGACUGUGGGUGCUGCCCUCACAAAGGUCCCUGGCAGACACAUGUUCACAGGUGCCAUCCCCAGCCAUGCCGCAGAAAGGGGCUGGAUGCGGAGCUCUUGUUCCAUGAGGGCAGAGGACAAGGUGCAGUGGCACCUGAGCCCCAGCCCACUGCUCUGAGGGGUCUCCAUGCCCCGUGAGGUGGGAGUGGUCCUUGCCCUGCAGGUGCCCAGCAGACCCCAACUCCACCCUGUUCUGCAUUCCUUCCACCUUUGUCACCAAGCCCCCCAAAAUCUGUCCAAGGCUCCCCCCUUAGCUUUCUUGUAUCUUUUCUUUUACCUCCGGACAGUAGAUCUGGAGUGGCACAUUUGGGCACCAGAUGCUUAAAAUCCCCCCACAGUAGGUGCUAGUACUGGUAAAUUAGUGUUUGCGCUAUUUCUUUUUAAAUAGGUUGUUUUUCUUUUUCUUUUUUUUUUUUUUUUUCAA